AUGUUUUCCAUUCUUGCUCCUCUUCUUUUUCUUAUUCUUAUCCUUACUCUCAUCGACCAUACAGGCGCAAGCGCGGUAUUCAUCUACACAUAUGGCGGGAAAAUAACACGGUUUCAAGCAACCCUCCAAGUACCCUCCCCACCAACAGCACUACAAGGCCAUAGCCCAGAUUGGAAGAUCCAGGCAGCCUGGGCAGGCAUGCAACCCACAGAUCAAAGUUGCGUUCUGCAAAAUGUUGUUGGGAAUGCGGGGGAUCAGGUGGGGCUUUGGAGUCAUAUACCUAGUUUUUAUCACGGGGCGACGAAGCCUAGUUGGACUGAGACUUAUUUUGAGAAGACACAGCCGAAGGUAUAUCCAGGUGAUCAAAUAACAAGUCUCUGGACUCUUGAUGAACUCUCCAAUAAAUGGCUCGAUAUAUGGUCAGUCAUGCCCGGUCGAAUCGGUGCAUCAAAAGGAGAAGUAUCAUAUGGUGGGAACUACACUUUCGAUGGCUCCAUAUUUGGUAUGAUUCCAAUCUUCCAACUGCCCGUAAUUAGUACUAAUACUCUAUCAGAACCCAAAGUCCCAGACAUGACACAGGCCUUGCUAACACUUGAGCAUGUGGGACUUGGUAAUGGCAUCGAUCCUGGCUGGGGUUCCGGAGCGGUAACAUUCACAAAUAUUCUGAUUGAAUCGGUAUCGACAAAUGAUUGGUGCAAUCAUGAGAAUCCGCAAACUUGGCAUCCAAAAGAUGUGAAGAUUCUGGAUGUAUCCACACCUUUCAUUUCGACUGUCAGGAAUGGGAAAAAAACAUGUUAUAUCCCUUGGCUUGUUAUCGAUUCGAGUUAA